UUACCCAGCAAGAAGACUCUUGAAAGAGCGCGCUUUGAUAAGGCAAUAGAUAAGAAAGAAAGGGAAAUCAGAGGAGGUGGAGGUGAAGGUGGAUGAUUGAGAAGAUAAGUCUUUCUUUUUCUUUUCUCUCUUCCCGGGAUUGGAACCUUGACAACCAGUGUCAAUAAUCAUCUUCGAGUAUUUCGAUAUAUAAAUGGAUUCGUUGCCUUCCGUCCAUAACUUGAGUUGAGCUACCAAACAAAGUAACAUUGUGCUAACAUUUACCAUUAACUCUUCCUUUACUUUUGCCUUUGUGUUUAUCAAUUUUAACAAAUUCACUUAUUAAUCAUCAUCAUGAAGCUAUUCAUAUUUACUAUUUGUGUUGCUGGUUUUGCAGCGGUUGUACUCACUGCACCAACCGACCAUUCCCAUACCCACAGUCAUGCCGAAUCAACCAAUGAAACUGCUCAUUCUGCCGGUCAUGCACAUUCCCAUGAACACCAUAAUCACACCGAUGAAGGAUCCCAUUCUGGCCAUCAUGAAAUUAGUUUCCACCAUGGCCAUGAUCACGGCCAUGAUCAUCAUCAUCAUAAUUCACAUGCUAAUCAUUCUCAUGAGAGUGAUCAUUACGAAAAUGAUGGACACACUGCACACAAGCCUGGUGAUAAUGUUCACUCUCUUGAUCUUCACAUCAAAUGUCAUGGAGAGUACUCACCAUCUACUGCAUGUGCCAAUGGAACCAAUUCAUCUGAUAUUUUCUGGUUUGACAUGACUCGAAAUGUUUGCAACAAAUACGAAGUUGGUAAGUGCCCAUCAGCUGGAAGUAAAAACGUAUUCUCCUGCAUGGAUGAUUGUUUGAAAUGUAUCACUGAUGGUAACGCCAUUCAAGGAGCAGAACCUACUAUAGCUGUCCGAGCUGCACCUGCAACUGUUUCUGCAAGCACACCAAGCACACCUGCAACAUUAGCUCCAAGCACUGCUAAAGCAGUUAAACCAAGCUCAACUACUAGCGCCCCAAGUUCAACAACCACUGCUGCUGCUGCAAGUACAACUGCUGCCGCUAGUACAGCCGCCGCUUCAGUUGCUACUUCUGCCGCUACUACUGCCUAAAUUGAUUAGCAAUCUUCAUCUUCAAUUGUAGGUUUUGGUUCUAGUUUCGAAUGUAAUUUAACGCAUUCAAAAUAACGUUCCUUUUCAUGUCAGCUAUAAUUUAUUUUCCAAAAGUUCUGACUUUUCCCCAUCAUUAAUCUGUAAUAGAUCAACACAUUCAAGCAUGCUCUGAAAAAAGUUUAUCAAUAAAUUUUGAAAAUUAAAAAUUUUCGCCAAAAACUAAA